AUGCCUAAUAUAGUACUACUUAGUAAAUAUCCUCUUUCUAUGGCAGCAAGACGAUUUUUAACCAAAAUUAAAGUUUUUAAUAAGCCUUCUCGUUCAUUUUCAUUAUCAUCGUCGACUUUAGCUGAUGACGUUGUUCCCCCCAAAUUUCACAUUGAUUUACCCGGUGUAGAAAAUUAUGGUUUUGAAGGUGAAUCAUCAUUUAUGAGAUGUAAACAUGGAGCUGUUGCUGCUGAUUCCGAAGAAGCCUCAAAAGUUGGCCGACGAAUUUUAAAUUUAGGUGGUUCUGCAGUUGAUGCUGCUAUUGCAGUUCUUCUCUGUGUUGGCGUACAUAAUUGCCAUUCGACCGGAAUUGGUGGUGGAUUUCUCAUGAAUAUCUAUGAUCCUCAACGUAAAGAAGGUAUAGCUAUCGAUGCACGUGAAGCAGCACCAUCAGAAGCUCAUCAAAAAAUGUUUAUAGACGGAAAUCCACCCCCGUCAUCUACUCAUGGCGGUUUAGCUAUUGGUAUUCCCGGUGAAAUAGCUGGCUUUUGGAAAGCUCAUCAACUUUACGGCAAAUUACCAUGGUCAAUUUUGUUUAAACCUGCAAUCGAGAUGUGUAAUGAAGGCUUUGAAAUACGGAAAGCAUUGGCUUUUACAAUACUUAAAUGUAGAGAUAAAUUAUGGGAACAAAAAGCAUUUAGACGAGUAUUUUUCAAAGGUGAUUCGGAUCAUGUUUAUGGUUUAGGUGAUACUAUUUAUCGGCCACGUCUUGGCAAAACACUUACAAUGGUUGCUGAACAUGGACCAAGUGUUUUUUAUGACGGUGAAUUAUCAGAUCUAAUUUGUGCAGAAGUACAAGAACAAGGAGGAAUUAUUAAUCGACAUGACUUAAGAACUUAUGAAGCUCGAGUAAAACCAGCUGUUAAAACUACAUUAGGCGACAAUUAUACUGCUUAUGGUGUUCCACCACCAGCUAGUUCAGCUAUAACUCUUCUUAUUCUUAAAGUAAUGGAUGGUUAUGGUUUAACGCCACACUCGUUAGAUAGUGAUGAAAAACAAGUGAGAUUUUAUCAUAUUCUUAAUGAAUCAUUCAAAUUCGCAUAUGGAAAACGAUCUGCUAUGGGAGAUGAAUAUGAUUCGCAAACUGAAAAGAAUAAAGGCAUUGAACAGUUACUAAGUCUUAUUCUAUCUCCUGAAUAUGCAGAGGAAAUUCGAGAACGAAUCAAUGAACACAAAACACAACCUCUCGCGUACUAUGAACCUAUGUUUGAACCGCAAACCGAUCAUGGAACUAGUCAUUGUUCUAUUAUUGAUUCUGAUGGUAAUGCAGUUGCCGUUACAAGUACCAUAAAUACUGAUUUUGGUGCUUUCGUUUAUGGGCGUAAUACAGGAAUUAUUUAUAACAAUCAAAUGGACGAUUUCUCACAACCCGGUUUAUCUAACUACUAUGGUUAUGCUCCAAGUCCUGCUAAUUUUAUACAGCCUUUUAAACGUCCAAUGUCAUCGAUGAGUCCAAUUGUUGUUACGGAUUCAAAUGGUGAAGUUAUAUUUAUUGCCGGUGGUUCAGGUGGUAGUCGAAUUAUAUCAUCUGUUGCUCAAGUAGCUAUCUAUAAUUUAUGGCUUGGUAAAAGUAUUCGUGAUGCUGUGGAUAUGCCUCGUUUACAUCAACAACUUAUUCCAAUGGAAAUUGAAUUAGAAAAACGUUUUCCUGUGAAUGUCGUACACGGUCUUUUAGCGAGAGGUCAUACAAUAUCAAGUUUUCGUGGUGGAUGUGUUGUUCAAGCCAUCGAACGUCGACAUGCCGAUGAAUUAUGGGCUGUUAGUGACGCAAGAAAAGGUGGUGCACCAGAUGGUCUAGGUUAUAAACAUAUAACAAAGACCUUUCAAAACUGGUUCCGUCGAACAUUUCAACGAAGUAAAGAACAAAAAUUUUUAGAAGAAGAAGUUGAAAAGGCACGGUUAUUAUCUCCAAAGUAA